ACUGUGUACUACUGUCAAAUAAUUUUUGUUUGUCAUCAUUUUGUAGUUGAGUAUCGCAGGUUUAUAUAGUUUCAUUAUUCUUGUAAAAAUGGCUCUAGCAGACGUUUGUGGUUUUUCCUCAACGAAUUUGUUCAAUGGAGAUAAAAUGGGUCGUCAAUUAUUCGAGCGAGAUAGCCAAAACCUUCACAAUAGUUUUUCAUUGGCAGUACCACCAUUUCAAGAUCCGGCUCUCAACCUAGCUAAGCUAGCAGCUCAUGGAGAGUCAAGCGGAAUCAAGAUGGAAUUCGACCAUGGAACCACAACGCUUGGAUUUCGAUUCCAAGGUGGUGUGCUGCUAGCAGUUGAUUCCCGUGCAACUGGUGGCCAAUACAUUGGUUCGCAGACAAUGAAAAAAAUUGUCGAAAUAAAUGACUACUUAUUGGGAACUUUGGCCGGAGGAGCGGCAGACUGUGUCUACUGGGACCGUGUCCUAGCAAAAGAAUGUCGCAUUUAUGAACUACGUAAUAAAGAGCGAAUUUCCGUGGCUGCUGCUAGCAAGAUCAUGUCAAACAUUGUGUACUACUAUAAAGGAAUGGGACUGAGUAUGGGCAUGAUGUUGGCGGGUUAUGACAAACGAGGUCCUCAGCUAUAUUACAUUGACUCUGAAGGUACACGCACACCUGGAAAGGUAUUCUCCGUUGGAAGUGGUUCCGUUUAUGCUUACGGUGUUUUGGAUUCCGGUUAUCGGUGGGAUUUAACAGAUGAGGAAGCACAAGAUCUGGGCCGUAGAGCUAUUUAUCAUGCAACUCAUCGCGACGCGUAUUCAGGUGGAAUUGUACGAGUAUACCACAUUAAACCUACAGGCUGGGUCAACAUUUCUAACCAAGAUUGUAUGGAUUUACACUUCCAAUAUCAGGCGGAGAAGGAGCAGAAGUUCGGUGCUUAACAAGGGGAUCGCGUUGAAGUGUUUUGAAUAACAUUAUAAAACUCAAGCUGGUGAAUAAAUUCGUCUCUUGAAAAUUA